AUGAGACUUGAUGAUAUUGCCAAGGGAUCCACUAUAAGGAAUGCUUGGGGGCACAGCCGAGGGACUUACAAAACCCGCCGAGGAGACACAUACAAACCCCCGCCCGAGGAGACACAAAAUACAGCACCGCCGAGGAGACAUACAAAGCACAGCCGAGGAGACACAUACAAAGCACCGCCGAGGAGACACAUACAAACCACCGCCGAGGAGACACAUACAAAGCACCGCCGAGGAGACACAUACAAAGCACCGCCGAGGAGACACAUAUACAGCACCGCCGAGGAGACAUACAAAGCACCGCCGAGGAGACACAUAUACAGCACCGCCGAGGAGACACAUAUACAGCACCGCCGAGGAGACACAUAUACAGCACCGCCGAGGAGACACAUAUACAGCACCGCCGAGGAGACACAUAUACAGCACCGCCGAGGAGACACAUACAAAGCACCGCCGAGGAGACACAUAUACAGCACCGCCGAGGAGACACAUAUACAGCACCGCCGAGGAGACACAUACAAAGCACCGCCGAGGAGACACAUACACAGCACCGCCGAGGAGACACAUACACAGCACCGCCGAGGAGACACAUACACAGCACCGCCGAGGAGACACAUAUACAGCACCGCCGAGGAGACACAUACAAAGCACCGCCGAGGAGACACAUACAAAGCACCGCCGAGGAGACACAUACAAAGCACCGCCGAGGAGACACAUACAAAGCACCGCUGA